UUUUUUAAUAGAAAAUUAUGACGUCGUACGUUAAAAAUUAUGUAACAUGUCGCUGCCGCCACGUUAUACUAUGUUUCGAGUGGUCGUGUUGGUCAUCAUGUUGCAGCUGAUCAUCGCUGGUACCGGAAGUCGAGAUGCGCACGGUACUGUUCUGUACAAGCUCGCGGACGUCAACCGGAUGACGUGGACGUACGUCGAGCGGAUCGAACUCCAGAGCCGAAUGACGGUUGGGUCGCUGGUUCCCGGCGCUAACUUUAGUAACAGCGAUAGCGGUGAAAUUUUUCUCGAAUACUUCGAUCUGAUCAAAAGCGAGGCCAAGAAAAUUGUAUCGUCUGUGACCAGGAAGCGCGCGAUGAUCGCCGUAUUAGACGUGUUGGGGGGGUACCUACACACCAAACUGCUACCACACGCCAGAGAACUGUACUAUGAGGGACGGGCCAAAUAUUCAACAGUUAAACGGUUACACGAACUCGAGAAAAACAUCAAACACGUUUUGGGCACGGACGGCCGAGGUUGGGCCAGACCGACAGUGAGCGGCCACCGGUCGGACGAGGGCGCGGCGCCAGCGGUGCGGCGUACGGGCGGACGGACGUCACGAUCGACGGUUAGGCCCAGUGACGACGACGAGGCGACUGGCCGUUGCGGCGGCGUGGACGCGGGCCAGUACGGUUUGUUGCGACGGUGGCGGUCCGCGAAGACCGCGGCCGGCGGGGCCGCGUACACCGACGCCGUGCCGUAUUUCGACAACGACACGCGACCGCACUCGCUGGUGGUGCCGUGGCGUCCCGGUCGGCCGGUGCUGUACGGCGUCCGGGACGCCGGUUGUCACCAGACGCUGUUCGACCACCUCGUGACGGCCACGGCGGCUGGCAUGGGCGCCCGCCGGGCCGCUCUGCGCCAGUGGCUUGUCGAGGUGGCGUUGCCGCUCGCGAAAGCCCCGGCCACAGACCGAUGGUAUCCGGCCCUGUGGGGCGUCACGCUCGUGGCCAAGCGCCUAGCCGAAGCGGACGGCGGCGGCGGCCGGGAUAAUGGUCGCGGCCACCGUCAGUUGGACUGCGACUGGACGACAGCGGACGUGCCCGGCGUCAACUUUUAUGCGACCGUCAUAAUGUUGUGCACGCUCGCCUGUUGGUCAUUGGCCAUGUACAUCGCUACCGUCAGUCACUCUUUUGGUUUUAACCGCGUCCCAUAACCAUCGCGCACGAAGACCGUGUAUUGUUUACCCGUUAUUUUUCACGUGGUGCAGAAGUAUUUAUUAUUUUUUUUUUUUACGCGGUAGCACUGAUUUUCCACGACUGACAUGUUUCUUUCUCGUAUAGUCGU